ACAUAGUGGAGGGCCUAAGCACCAAGACAGAAAAAAUAAAUAAGACAGAGCUGCCCUCCCGCGCAGAAUUACUGCACUGCCCCCGACAUCAAUCUCACGGGGGAAACCUGCCGCCGGCAACUCAUAUUCUCGGUCCGCCGCCGGCUUCCCAUCUGCGCCCCCGCGCAGCUCGUGGGCAAGGAGGGGGUUCGAUCCAAUCUUUCUUUCCUUUUCCUCCUGAGUCCUGAACUACCAACGCGGCUGUAAAUCUCUGCCAUCGCCGUCCGCGUUCUUCCUCGUCGCAACAUCGUGGCCCUCCGCAAUAUUUGCCCAGUGGGUUUUAAGGUCAAAGACCAGAGUAUAAAAUAAAGGUGGGCUACUGUUAAUAUUUCAUAGAAUGGAGUCCUUGUGGAAGCUGUCCUAUUUGCUUGAGCCGGCGUCACUUGCCCUCAUCGUGACGGCUGUUUCAGUUGCCUACGCAUCAGCAUGGCGUGCUCUGGACCAUGGCAAGGAGAUGGAGAGGAACUUGGACUUCUCGGAGGCAUCCAUCACACUUGAUCGGUCGCAGGCUCUCAUGAUCCCCCUUGCAAGCUCAUGCAGCCUACUGCUGAUGUUCUAUCUGUUUUCAUCUGUAUCGCACCUCGUCACCGCGUUUACCGCCGGAGCCUCUGUGAUGGCGCUCUUCUUCUGUCUGUCUCCGUCUAUCGCCUACGCCAAGUCGCAGCUCAAUCUAAUGGAUCCUUUCGUGUCGAGGUGCUGUUCCAAGUCAUUUACCCGGUUGCAAGGAUUGCUAUUGACUUUCUGCAUAAGCACGGUGGCAGUGUGGCUGGUAACAGGGCAUUGGUUGCUAAAUAACGUACUUGGGAUUUCCAUAUGCAUAGCAUUUGUCAGUCAUGUGAGGCUUCCCAACAUAAAGAUUUGUUCGUUGCUUCUUGUCUGUCUGUUUGUCUAUGAUGUUUUCUGGGUCUUCUUCUCCGAGAGGUUUUUCGGAGCAAAUGUUAUGGUUUCUGUUGCCACUCAGAAGGCAUCUAACCCAGUUCACACAGUAGCAAACAAGCUUAGCCUGCCUGGGUUGCGGUUGAUUACGAAGAAGAUAGAGCUUCCGGUGAAGCUUGUCUUCCCUAGGAAUUUGUUGGGCGGGAUUUUUCCAGGAAGCACUCCUGGUGACUACAUGAUGCUUGGCCUUGGAGACAUGGCCAUCCCAGGGAUGCUUCUAGCUCUUGUACUCUCUUUCGAUCAUCGCAAGAGCAAAGAUGUGGCUGUUCCAUCAGACUUAUCUCCCUCCUCAAAGCGGCGAAAAUAUGUAUGGUUUGCGCUAACAGGUUAUGGUGUUGGCUUGGUAACUGCAUUGGCAGCUGGGAUCUUGUCUCAGUCUCCCCAGCCUGCUCUACUCUACCUGGUGCCCUCGACACUCGGGCCCAUUGUGUACCUGUCAUGGUUGAGGAAUGAUCUGUGGGAGCUGUGGGAAGGAUCUGGCACAAUUGUGAACGAGAAAGCUCAUUUGCUGGAAGUCUGAGAUGAUCCAACAUGGCCAUAAAAAUCACAACCUCUUGUGAUGUAAUCUAGCUAAAAAAAUCUGCUCCAAGCUUCUCAUUCUACAGGAGAAUAUUUAUAAGAUAGUUUGGCCUUAGUAAUCUAAGCCUUUUACCAUGUUCUCACAAGAGGAAACAAUAUGUAAUUUAUCUGUAAUGGAAAUUGUUACUCCGUAUUAUAUUUGGUGAAAUUUUCUA